AUGGAUUCAGGUAGCAGAAGAAGGUUGAAGAAAACAGUAAAUAGGGUCUAUCCUGAUCAGCUUGUUCCAAAGAUAAACACAAGCAAGAAGAUGUCCACCUCAGCAAACCCAUCCAGCAUCCUGGAAAUGCCACAAGAGAUUAAGAAAAACUGUGAAGAUAAACAAGUAAAAAUUACAGUCAAAAGAAAAAAAAUGGCAAAGAGCAUCAAAGGAAAACAAAACAAUUAUUUAGAGAAAGUGGCCCUUAAAAGGAAGGCAAAAGGUGAAGAAAAGCCAUCGGGAAAGAAAAAGGCCAAGGGAACAGAAUUUGACAGCUCGAUGAUUACCAUGACUCUACCUCGCAUUCCCCUAAAGAAAAUCAUGGAGGUGGAGGCCAAGCUGGUGUAUGUUGAUGAAGAGGACGUGAGCUAUGAGUUUGUGAAAUCCUUCAUGUCCACUGAGAUUCAGCCAACAUGCCAGGCUGCUAAAAUCGUAGACCCUUUGUGCAUUCCUAAUUCCAGCUUUCGGCCUCAGAUUGACAAGUGGCUUCAGGCAGCUUUAAAGGAUGCCAGAUCUUGCUACAGACAAAAGAAAUACGCGGUGGCAGCGGGACAGUUCAGAACAGCACUGGAGCUUUGCAGCAAAGGAGCAGUUCUAGAAAAACCAUUUGAAGCAUCUUCUGAAGAUGUAUCAAGUGUGGCAAGUUUCAUUGAGACAAAACUUGUCACAUGCUAUCUACGGAUGAGGAAACCAGACCUGGCUCUGAAUCAUGCACACAGGAGCAUUAUUUUAAACCCAGCCUAUUUCAGAAAUCACCUUCGUCAGGCAACAGUGUUCAGAUGUCUGGAGAGAUAUUCAGAAGCUGCCCGGAGUGCCAUGAUUGCUGACUACAUGUUCUGGCUGUGUGGAGGAAAAGAACACUAUAUAAGCCAGCUCAUCAAACUGUAUUGGCAGGCCAUGCUUGAAGAAGCCAUCACCAGAGCAGAAUCUUUCUCAGUUAUGUACACACCAUUUGCAACAAAAAUCAGAGCUGAUAAAAUAGAAAAACUGAAAGAGGUUUUCACAAAAACUCAUCCUGCAUAUGUGGAAUAUAUCUACACAGAUCUUCAAGGAAUCCACAUAUUGCCGCAGACAGUUAACUGGUCAUCUUUUCCUUCCCAAAAAUAUCACUUGAUACUUGGGUUCAAAAACAAAGAAGGGAAAUUUUUGGAAAAAGUAUCAAGUAGGAAACUGCCAACAUUUACUGAACAUAAAACUCUCUUCGGUCUGCUGACCAGAGAAGAUGCAGUGAGACACAUGGAAGCAAUGAGGAAGCGAAUCUUGCCAAUAUUGGAUUUUAUUAGAAGCACCCAAUUGAAUGCGAGAUUCUAUGCAUACUCAGGUGUGAUGGAGAAAUUGCAAUACACCAGUCUCCUCAGCCGGCUGCAGAGAGUGAAGGAGCAGGCCCAGGUGGUCAAUCAAGUAAUGGCGGAGCUAGCCACCACCCCGUAUCUACACGACAUCAAUCAACAGGAGGCACAACUGCUGCAGUCACUAAUGGCAGAUGCUAUGGACACCCUUGAAGGAAGGAGAACCAAUAAAGAACGUGUAUGGAAUGUGAUCCAAAAGGUUGGACAAAUUGAAGACUUUAUAUACGAAUUAGAGGAUAGUUUCUUAAAAACUAAACAACUGAGAGCUGCUCGAAGGCAAAAAACAAAAAUGAAGUGA